AUGGCUUCUCAGCAGAACGGAACUAACGGGGCUUCUGCCUCCAACGACUUCACCGUCAAGGCCGGUCUGGCCCAGAUGUUGAAGGGUGGUGUAAUCAUGGACGUUGUCAAUGCGGAACAGGCUCGCAUUGCCGAGGAGGCCGGUGCUGCCGCCGUCAUGGCUCUCGAGCGUGUCCCCGCCGAUAUCAGAGCCCAGGGUGGCGUUGCGCGCAUGUCUGACCCCAGCAUGAUCAAGGAGAUCAUGGAAGCCGUCACCAUCCCUGUUAUGGCCAAGGCCCGCAUUGGUCAUUUCGUUGAAUGCCAGAUCCUUGAAGCCAUUGGCAUCGACUACAUCGACGAAUCCGAAGUCCUCACCCCCGCCGACGACAUCUACCACGUUACCAAGCACAACUUCAAGGCUCCGUUCGUCUGUGGCUGCCGCAACCUCGGCGAGGCUCUCCGCCGUAUCUCCGAGGGUGCUGCUAUGAUCCGCACCAAGGGUGAGGCCGGUACCGGCGACGUCGUGGAAGCCGUUAAGCACAUGCGCACCGUUAACGCUCAGAUUGCUCGUGCCCGUGCCAUCCUCCAAUCCUCUCCCGACUACGAGCCCGAGCUCCGCGCCUUCGCUCGUGAGCUUGAGGUCCCGUACGAGCUCUUGCGCGAGACCGCCGAGAAGGGCCGUCUCCCUGUCGUCAACUUCGCUGCCGGUGGUGUUGCCACCCCUGCUGAUGCCGCACUCAUGAUGCAGCUGGGCUGCGAUGGUGUGUUCGUUGGUUCCGGUAUCUUCAAAUCUGGCGAUGCGAAGAAGCGCGCCAAGGCUAUUGUCCAGGCUGUGACUCACUACAAGGACCCCAAGGUUCUCGCUGAAGUCAGCGAGGGUCUGGGUGAGGCCAUGGUUGGAAUCAACGUGUCUCAGAUGGCUGAGAGCGACAAGUUGGCUAAGAGGGGCUGGUAG